CGACAAUGGCACUCAGGGAGCUCUGGAAACGUCAUUCUAAAGCGACAGUUUAGACAAAAUAAGUACUGUAGAUUUACGGAAAGUGCAUAAUUUGUCUGUUUAUGGUAACGGGUUGGGGAUUGUGCUUUGAUGACCCAUCAGUGCUUGUGAAAUGUAAGACUCUGUGGACCUUUCUCAACACUUCAGAGCGUGCUUAAUUGUGUGAUGUCCACCAGUGUGUAAUUGUCAGGAGCCAGGACGAGAUUACCAAACUGAUUUUACUUGAGGCUGGAUUUGAACCCAGGCCACGAGAGUUGAAGGGUUACUAUUGUGAAGGAUAAAGACAUCAGAAGAAGUAAAGGAGUGGCCUUUGUUCUUUUCCUGGACAGGGAAUCAGCCCACAAUUGUGCAAGAGCUCUUAACAACAAACAAUUGUUCGGCAGAACAGUAAGAGCAAGUAUUGCGGUUGACAACGGGAGAGCAGCUGAAUUUAUUAUGAGGCGCAAUUAUACCGACAAGUCCAAAUGUUAUGAAUGUGUAUUUUUAUUUUUAGGCAAACACUCUUUCUGAAUGCCCUAAAAACAUGCUUGGUGAAAGAGAACCACCCAAGAAGAAAGAAAAGAAAAAGAAGAAGAAAGUAGAAGAGACAGAAGAAGUUGAGGAUGAAGAAAGUGAAGAGGAAGGAGAAGACCCUGCUCUUGAUAGUCUCAGCCAAGCUAUUGCGUUCCAGCAAGCAAGAAUUGAAGAGGAUGAACAAAGGUGCAAACAGAGAGAGGAUGCAAAUGGGGCUUCUACUUCCGAGGACUCCAGACGACCAAGAAUUAAAAAGAGUGCUUAUUUUAGUGAUGAUGAAGAACUAAGUGACUAAAAGCUCGUAUUUCACCCAUGCAAAUUUUGAAAGUGUAUUUACAUUUUCGCGAUUUUAUAAGUUUCCCUUUACCCAGAUUCGUUCAUUUUGUUUUAUUACUAUUCUUAUUUAUUUUAUCAAAAUAAAUUUGUGUUCAUAUGAGAUUUGUCAUUUUACCAAUCCGGAUGUAAAAAAUAUAUUUUCAUAUUUUAAUAAACUCCUUAAUCCUU